GAUCCCUAAUGUAAUGAAGUACGUGAAGCUGCAUAAGUGCAGGCUCAAUUAAGAUGAGUUAUUGUUCCAUACAUCCGAAUCCGGUGAUGGAAGGGGAACGAUAUGUGACAAAGAAGACGCACACAAGAUACAUAAGGUGACAACAAAAUUUGUGGAAGCUAGCUAUGCAAAGGUUCUUUGAGGCCAGGGAACAAUGGCAGAAAAAGCAACAACCAUGUAAUGGUAUCUGCAGUGUUGGUGAUCAUAUCAAGAAGGUUGAUGGUACAAGUAGCACGAGGAUGAGUGGGUCUAAUUGAAUGAAAUUCAAGUGCUUGGACCUAGUUUUUCUAUUUAUUAAUACGCGAUCAGUACAAAGAUAUUCUCUAAUGGGGACAAGGGAAUUAUUCCCCUUGUCACUCCAAGAACAUAAAGAAAUUCUGUUUUUAUUUUCUUUAAUUGGUUUCUUUUUCAAUAAAUUAUAGAAGCCCUUGUGUGUGUGUGUGAAUAUCACAUUUGAGUACCUAUGAAUUUUAGUAUUAGAUCCUUGCUUGGAAUAUCAUCUUUCUUUUUAUCAUCUUCUCUCUCAAGAUCCUUCCCUGUAUAUUUCAAGGUACAAAAGCAUCAAACUAUCCAUUGGAUGCCACACAAUUCUUGAUUUCAGUUUCUUGUUUUGUUCUGUUCUGUUCCAAAAGAUGGAUGUAGGCUUAUCAAUCUUGAUGGGGUUACAAGCAACAGCGCUGUUCCUCAUCUUUGUAUCUCUCCAAAAUCUUGAUUUCACUUUAUUAUCAUUACCAUUCUUGUAUGCCUCGUUAGUAUCCUUACUUGUAUCACUGGCUUCUCAUCCAUCAAUCAAUAUCCCUACGCUUUUACGCAAAAAACAAGAUGGGACUUUUCCUAUUUGGUCUCUUAUAAUUUUUAGUCCAUACCUAUAUUUUGUUAGAAUCUUUUCAUUUCUACGCAGGUUUACUAGUGGGGAGGAGCCUUAUAAUGAGAUUUGUGAGGGUGUUUAUAUUGGUGGGUGGCCUUAUUCCGUUGAUAAAUUGCCACCUGGUAAUCCUGCUAUUAUAGAUUGUACUUGUGAGUUUCCUAGAAAAGAGGAGUUCAAAGGGCGUUCUUAUUUGUGUCUUCCAACUUGGGAUACAAGGGCACCUCAGCCUGGAGAGAUUGAAUCUGCUGUCGAGUGGGCUAGCAGGAAAAGAGCUCAGAAUGUGCCUGUUUUCAUUCACUGUGCUUAUGGUAGACAGUUCUUUCAUGUCAUAGUAAUUUUGUACUUGCAAUUGGUUUUAUCUUGGUAUAGGCGAUCAGCAGUUAAGUGUCAGAAUUCAGGUCAUGGUAGAAGUGUCGCUGUAAUGUGCGCACUGUUGGUGGCUCUAGGAGUGGUGGAAGAUUGGAAAAAGGCUGAGCUAUUCAUAAGAGAAAGACGGCCUUAUAUUUCAAUGAACUCCGUCCAAUACAAGGCCUUGGAAGAAUGGUCAAAGCACCGUUUAUCUACUACUAGCAUAGAUGAAGUGAACUCAAGUUCUGCAGUCCCAUCAACUUCUUCUGGACGCUCUCGAGCUGAUAGGCCAAAAAACAGAAGUGGUUAGCAUGCUUCAUUAAUGUGCUGCGGGCUAUUAUCAGGUAGCCCAUGUGCUUUUAGUUAAUUAAAAAAACUUAGCCGAAUGAUGGUGUUUGGAUGUCAAAAUGUGAUCCAUGGACAUGAAUAGGAACCUUGAACUACGAUGUAUAGACAUUUUCGAUUUGCUAUUGGUAAAAAUGGCGAUUUUCAUUUUCA